UAUUGUUUAAAUUUGUUGCAGGAAAAUGUGCAACUGAAAACAGAAUUAAAUGCAAUGAAGAAACAGAUUGAAGAGACGGACAAGACGGUUACUAGGCUACAUGAAGAACUCCUGGAAUUCCAAUCAUUACAGAACGAUGUGGUCAAAAUUCCUGUCACCAAGCAUGACGUCGGGGUUCAAGCUGACCUUCCUAUCAUUUCCUACAAAGUCUUUAAACCGUCAUAUAUUCCACGGCCGAGAAAGUUUCGGACACGCUCAGAAGUGAGUCGUAUUAAAGCUGCGUUUGAAGAGUAUAUGCGGAUAAACGGCAGAAAGAUUCCAGCAAGUUACCCAUCAGCCAACCCAGAACAGAUUUUACCAUUAUCCCCAACCAAGUCAGAAAGUCCCAAGGCCCAGAGGAAAACUAACCAACAGCAGCAGCAACCCCUGUCUCCAGAGAACAAGCUACCUAAACCAGUUAAGGUCUCCCCAACAGAAGCACUGGUCAAACCAAGCCUGCUACAAGCACCAGCAGCUGGCAAACCAAGACAGAUUCAGGCCCCACGACAACUUUAUCCAGCAGGGAAACAGACUCCAGAACAGACCAAGGACCAACUACCAAGGCCUGUCUCCAAUAAGUCCCCUGUCGACAGUACCGCCACCUUGGAAUCACCAGUUUCGGCAACAGAGACGAACAAACCUAAAUCUAAGCUGCCACAAUCGCGACUUCCAAAGAGUAGCACCCUCUCGAAAUUGGGAGCACAUCCAGCGCCGCGUAAUGGAAACCAGGCAAAAUCUGACGAAGACAUUAACGCAACUCAGAAGAGUGGAUCGUGCAACCAACUGCAGUCUCUUGCGGCAUCAAAUUCAAAAUCAAAACUUGUCGCCCCGUCAAAAGUGGUCGUAAACAAGGAGGAAAACAGUAAUAAAAUUGAGAAGCGAUAUUCAGAUCAAACACUUGAGCAAAGGUUUUCACCUAAACAAUCGGACUCUUUUAAAGCCAAUGAGCAACCGAUGAUCAAACAGAAAUCAAAGUCGAAGCUGGUAGCUCCUGGAUUCACCAGCAAAGUCUUAAAGAGCUCUUCUACCGAGAAUAUCACAUCACAGAACGGUAGCCACGAUAACUUACAAAAUGGAGUACGGAGUAAUUCGCAGUCCAAACCACUUCAAAAGCGAAAUCAAUCUGAGGAGGAUCUUGUUGAAAACGAUGCCAAAAAACAAGCACUUAAAACUGGUAUUAAGAAACCAACUUCCCCGAAGAACGAGCGACCGCUUAGCGGAGGAAUGGAAGGUGUUUGUCGGAUACCUGCUCCAAAAUCAAGGAUUGCACGAAGCACGGGAAUACCAUCAAGAAAAACGCCAAACCAACCUUAGUCAUCACACAACAUAGCCUGCAUCUUCAAAAUGUGCAUACUGUACAUAAAAUCAACAAAGUAAUAAUUUCUGCUGGAGAUUUUUUUUUAUUAUAUAAUUUUUUUAAAAUUUUAUGCAGUACUUUUAACAAAUUGCAAUUUCUAGGCCAGGUAAUGAAAAAAAACCCCCAUUUAUAUUCAUAAUUUUGAAGGAUUUAAUAAUUGUAUCAUGUUUUUGUCAGAAUUCCAAAAUCAAUGCCCAUAUGGUUUGAUUUUAUGUUCUCAAUUUGAACUGAAUUUUCUUUUUCCUUUAAGUCACUAAAGCUGUUGAUAUCAAAGUAAUUUUCUGUCUGUCCAAACAAAAAUAUUCCUUCUUACUGAGAUAACAAGGCUAGAUAAUUAAUUUAUUAACCCAUGUUUGUGAUCGUUUGGUAUAUUCUAAUUGCAAUUACUGUACCAUAAUAAUAAUGAUGAUGAUUAUGUAAGUAAAUAUAUUGGUAUUUUAAGGUGCGACGUCAUGCCGGAUAUAACAAUUUCUGAUGCAAAUUUGGAAUUAUUGAAUUGAAGACAAAUUAAAUUCUUGAAACAAGUACAUCGGAAACAAAAUAUAUAAACAAAAGCAUAGUAUAAUAUAAAUGGUAUUACAGUCAAAAUUUUAAUUGUCAUGAAAAUCAACUUUCAUGAAAAAAAAAAGCAUUGUAAGGAUUAAAAAGUAAUUUUCUUUAAUAUUCAUCAUAAUUAGAAUACUGUAAUAAAGCAUUUAUAGUGCACCAUCAAGAGAUAUAUAUUUCCUGGUAGGUAAGUGUAUAUUACACAUAACAAAAGUGUAAUACAUUAAAAAAUCUGCUUAUGCAAUGCAAGUCAAUGUAAUCUGCUUUACACCACUGAAUGUGUUUGGUAAGUUUAAGGUACUUGGCCUAUGGCUUUUGUCGCCUCUGAGACUACGGUAAUCCAUAACUCUAAGAUGAUUGUCAGCGAAGAUUCACACCUUUUUACCUAGUGGAAGUCAAGAUCCAUUUAUUGAAAAAUUAAUUAGUUAUUUAAUUAACAGAAAAGUACAAAAAUGUUUUGGUAACUGAUAAUGUUUAACAUAAUUUACGAAAAAUAUAUUAUGUAAUAUAUUUAAGCAAUUGUAGUUUGAAGGGAAAUUUUAAACCUUUGUUUAAAUAUUAGUCUCAACUGAGGUGAUGAACGUAUCUGUUCAUCGUACCUUAGAUCUUUUCUUAGAUAUCCAAUUGGAAUUGAGAUAGAAAAAAAUAUUUUAUAAGAGGGACUUAAACUGAUCUUACGGCUGACUUGCAUAAUUAAGGAUUAAAUGUAGCGAAGACAAACCAAACCAGUCACUGAUCUUCCCAAAUGGUGUUUUUGAGAUAAUGGUCAAAAAAAAGUUGGAAUGUCAAGAUUUUCGAAAUCCAUUUUAUUACACUAAACUAAACUUUUUAUAUCUAUACAUCAUGCUAUGUUAUUUUCCCCAUUUUCGAUGUUAAAACAUUUUUUUUUUUUACGAUUCGUUGAUGUUCUGUGCCUGAGAAAUGGCUGAAAUUGUAAAGUUUGAAGGCUGAUUCCUCAAAUACUUUUCCUAAAACAGCUGUAACUUCAAAACGAAAUGUUGGAUUUAAAUGAUUCCUUUACCAUUUUAUAACUUUCGUUUUACUGCUUAACUCUGUAUUUGUAACAAAAAAUCAAUUGUUGCAAGGAGGGACUGGUUUGGCUUGUCUGCCACAAUUAUAUUGUCAUACCUUGAUUAUAUACCAUAGUUGCUUCGGUGCAAGCCCACAAUAUGAUCAAACACUACUACAUUGGAUGAGUUAGGCUCUAUACUCAAGGGCAGGAUAAUGCAAAUGAUAGUGAGAUUACAGGUCUGGCCUAGGGCUUACAAAGAAGCUUAUGAAGGCCUCAUUACUGCAAAAGCUCAUGGCAUUACCAUUUUAAUUUUUACAUGGUUCAUCUAAUUUUAUGAUGGUUAACUGAGGAAGAAUUUUCAUUCCAAACCUCUGAAGUUCAAAGGUUGGUCAGCUUGUAACUCCAUGGAGAGAACACAUUUUUCACGAAAAGUACUAAAUGUUUGGGAUGUGCAUAUACUUGAGUUUGAUUUAUUCCUGACGCACUAAAAUAGUAGAUUUACUGAAAUUUUUUUUUUUUACUCUGCUAUACAGUAAUUAAUGUGCUGGUGACUAAAUUAAUAUUUUAUUUUAUGAAUCUACAGUGAAAGUACCAUACCAUGUGGUGGUUAAAUAUUGAAAAACAGUGUCCAGUGUUUUUAUGUAGAUAUUCUUGUUUUUCUUGCCUAUGGCUUAGGUAGAAAUUUUAUUUCUGUCAUAGGCAUAUGCAUAUUAUUUUCAAAAUAAAGCAAAUUUGAACACAUAUUCCCCUAUAAAUCAUAAAUUUCACAAAUAAUAUAUUCAGUUUAUUUCUGUAUUCUUCACUACAGUGUAAUAAGUUUUCCAAACAUUUGAUGUGAGGUUGAACAAGAGAUAAUCCUAGCAAAACAUUUUUGAAGGUUGAUAGACCUAUUGUCAUUUUUUGAGACAAGUUUGAUAAUGAUAUGCUUAGGUGGAGAUCUUCCUAAGAUGAAUGAUUGAUAGAUUGAUUGAUUGAUUGAAUGAAUGAAUAAUUGAUGGAUUGUUUGAUUAAUGGAUUGAUUUAAUGAUAACUUUUGUUAAAUUUGGAUUCAUCAUUAUAUUUUAAAUUUUGUUCACCAUUGUUACAGAAAAUAAUCUAUCCAAAAACGACAUAUCAACCUCCACUUUUCUCUACUUAUUGUUAAGCUUAUUUACCACAUAUUGAGUUACAAUAAGAAUGUUACAGCGAGUACUCAAAAUAGAAAACUGUUAGACCUUCCAUCGGAAAGAUUCCCCUUUAUUUGAAUGUUAUGUGUAUUGUAGCACUACCACUGUCUGGGUGCAACCUAAGUGUUACAAUAACUUAAUAAGAAAAGGACAUUGAUAUACAGUGUACCCUCCAAAUCGAGACCCCCGCUAAUUCCAAGACCCCUCUAAGUCAAGAUCAUGUUUUCAAAGAACUAGAUGGCAAUCCUCAAUUUUGCAACACAAAGCUAACCCUCUAAUUGGAGACCAAACAAUGCGGCCACCGCAAAUGUCGGGUCCCAAAGGUGGUCUCGAGUUGGAUGAUGGAACUGCAGUGACAGUUGCCGAUUUUCAAGUGAAUUAAACAUUCAUUCUCUGCUUUGUAAUUAUGUAAUUUUGAUAAGCAUUCCAUUAUUUAAUAUUAAGAUGAUAUGUUUGUUUAUAUUGAAAGGUGCAAUUCAUUUUAAAGCUUGUUUUCAUUUUGCUAAUCAUGAUUGAUAACAGGGUCGUUACUGCCGUUUCAUAGAUGCUAAUUUGUAGUGCUUCUUUACGUCUUCUAAAACGAUGACAGGUGGACAGGUCAGUUGAUUGAAAUAAUAAUAAAAUAAUAGGUUGACUUAUAAAGCAGAAAAUCCAGUUGAAAAUCAAUGGCGCUUGCCAGGCCAAAUCAGCAUCGGUGACCAAAAAAAGAAAAUUGACUUUUUAUGAGCUUUAAAAUUGACUUAAUAUUGCCAAAGUUAUGAGUAAAAGUAUUACAGCUUCUCUGUACUAAAGUGUACAAUACUGCCACAUUCUUAUGCUAAUUUUACUCAGUUUAACAAUUAGCAAAAAUAUGCUGGUUUUGUGAUGGCAACCCUCAAUUUUUGGCUGCUGGAUUGUAUUUGAUACAGUCAAGGUUUUUUUUUUUUUGUUUUUUUUUUUGCAAUUUUCUAUCUUAAUUAUUGUAUGUACAGAGUUUAACACACCGUGUAAUUACUGUCAGUUUUCAAUUUUAUAGAAGCUUUUCAUUAUGUUUUCCGGGAUACAGAUAUUUUGCAUAUUUCCCCCUCUCAACUUUUUGGUACAGAAAUUAUUUCCCUCUAUCCUUUUUCCAUUAUCCGGAUUAUAAACUAUAACAUGUUUGAUUAAUGGCAACAUUAUAUUGUUAGAAAGAUGAUUAAGUAAUAUUCAACAAAAUUUGUGAAAAAACUGCAUUAAUCUGGCAAUUUUUUUCUAUUCAGCCAGCAGACGAUUUUAACCAAAUUAUAAAUAAUUCAAAAUUGAAUUAAUAUUGUAAAUUGCAAGAAUUGUUGGUAUUGUGAGUAAUAUUUUAUCAAGUUGUGAAAAAAAAUUGUAUGUUUAUACUCAGUGAUAUAAAAAAAAAACACUUUCUGAAAUAAAUUUGUGAACAAAUCAAUAUAUAAUAUAAAAGAGCAACCCUUUAAUAUUUUUAAACAUUGGUUCACUGCUAACAAUAUUUUGUACCAGUACCAUAUAUGAUUUUUGUCUGAUAUGGUUAUGUUAUAUUUUCCUAGACAAACUGUUAACAAAAUUGUGCAAAAUUUAGAAUGUGAACAAAUAUUGACUUCAGUAUUUGAUUAGGUGACAAGCAAUGCUGUAUUGAAACAUAUUAGGUAUACGGUAGUUUAAAUUGUCAUUAAGUAACAAUCUGUCCUUCAUAAUUUUAAUUCCUGUUAAAAAUCAGUGUUUAAUUCAUGAUUUAUGUUGCUAGCAUUCUUGAAAUGAUGUCUAAGGGACAAUCCUCCUUUUAACUAUAUUAUUCCUUGAUGUGGUGCAAAAUGUAGACAUUUAAUAAACAACCUGCAGAAGCCA